UCGAAGUCGAAGCAACCCACGGCAAUCAUCAUGAAGCAACAGCAGCAGCUAGCAAUCAUCGCCCUCCUGGUAGCAUCGUUGGCUAUCGGUUCAACCUCAGCAGGCGCCAUCUUCGAUCGGCCCUGCCCAACGAACAUCGAUGCGAAGCUGGGCUUCAAUGUCGAUGCGUACCUGGGCAAAUGGUACGAGCUGCAGCGGUACGAGAGUGAGUUCGAGCUAAACUACGACUGCAUCCAAGUGCGCUACGGCCUGAACGAUGAUGGUUCGGUGUCGGUGUCCAACUCGGGCUACAAUCUGUUCAACAGCUCGACCACCAAUGCGCUGGGACGUGCGGUUCUUUCCUUCCCGGACGAAGAGAUCCUACAGGGAAAAUUGAACGUGUCCUUCUUCGGUGCCCCGAACGAUCGGUCCAACUACUGGGUGCUGGAUACCGAUUACGAUACCUACUCGCUGGUCUGGUCCUGUCAGCCACUGGAGGAUGAGCGCUCGGAGGAAAGCUUCUGGCUGAUGUCGCGCACACCGACGCUCACCACCGAUCCGGACGAUUUGUUCCGCAUUCACAGUGUUAUCCGGCGGUACAUUGACCGGCGCCAGAUUCGCUUCACCCGGCAGCUUGACAGUCGCUGUCCAGAGUUUUAGACACGGGGGAGCAGCUUGAUUUGAUAAUAAACAUACACUAAUUUAUUAAUGAAACCUGAUUACAAAGCGAUCGCCAUUCGAUCGUGUGUUUGUUUUUGGUUGCGAGUUGGCAU